GAUGCGGAUGCUGCUCGUUCUGGUGCCGGCUCGGCGUGCAGCCGCACUGCUCGCGGAGCUCGUGCAGCGGAUCGCAAGCGCCGGCGCCGCAGCGGCGGAGUGCCCCGCCAUCGUGUUCUCCUCGCAGUGGGGCCUGCCCGCGCUGUCCCACUCCGCCAGCGGCAGCGCCAGCCGCAGAGCAAGGCUGCGGGCUUUCUACCUCGAGAGGAGCCUCUCCGCCGGCUCAAGCUCCGGCGCCGCCUCCCCGUGCUAGUUCAUCGAUCAGCAACCAUUAACGGACGGCAGCUGUCAGCUACAGCGCCGGGGUAGCCUCGUACUAAACCGUCUUCUUCUCCAAUGUAAUCAUGCUUGUAAUGUAGCUUUGCAAGAAAAGAAUGUCGCUGUACUUCCGAGUACUUUUGCGUACGAUUAAU